CCCCACAGUUUUACAACCCAAACCAAAUUCAGGAAAAAAAAGAAAAGAAAAGAAGAAAAAAGAGAGAGAGAGAGAGAGAGACCGCCAGGCUCGCCACUGAUCACUGACCCACUUUGCGACGAAGAGGAACUCCAGUGUGAGGACACGGUGGCCGGAAGCGAAAACUUCCAUCAGCGACGGCGACGGAGGCGGUUGUCCUGAUCUGAUUGUCGCUCUUGAAAGGUAACAAACACUGAAGGAGGAGAGAAAAAAAAAAUGUCUCAGUGUAUGUCUAGCUUAAACCCACCCAAAACCCUGAUCAACCCCAAAAUCUCAAUAAAGAAGCCAUCUUUCCCUUCAAUCUUUACCUUCAAAACAAGACCCAGAUUCCAAAAACUCACAACAAUCUCUGCCUCAGUGAUGCCAAGCCAAAACCAAGACCACCCACCACUCUCAUUGGACUCUCUCAUCAGUAGUAGUCGCAAAGAUGAGCUUUUUGGGUCAAUCAAAAGCUCCUUGUCUAAUUGUCUCUCUGAAACCAAUCUCCACCUCACUGUCCCUGGCCUCAAAUCCAAAACCAGAGGCAAGGUUAGAGAUAUUUAUGAUAGUGGGGACUAUCUUGUUCUUGUCACUACUGAUAGGCAAAGCGCUUUUGACAGAAUUCUUGCUUCCAUUCCCUUCAAGGGCCAGGUUCUGAACGAGACGAGUUUGUGGUGGUUUGACAAAACUCGACACAUAACUUCGAAUGCAGUUGUGUCUUCACCGGAUAAAAAUGUUACAAUUGCAAAGAAAUGUUCUGUUUUUCCUGUUGAAUUUGUUGUUAGAGGCUAUGUGACUGGAAGUACUGACACAUCAUUAUGGACAGUCUACAAGAAAGGUGUCCGAAAUUACUGUGGCAAUGUGCUCCCAGAUGGCUUGGUAAAAAGCCAAAAGCUUCCUGAAAAUAUACUCACACCAACAACUAAGGCAGCUGAUCAUGAUGUCCCUGUAACUCCAGAUGAGAUAGUUAAACGUGGACUGAUGACUCAAGCUGAUUAUGAUGAAGCAAGUAGGAAAGCAUUGAGCUUGUUUGAAUAUGGACAGCGCGUUGCUUUGGAACAUGGCUUGAUACUGGUAGACACUAAAUAUGAAUUUGGAAAGGCAAAUGAUGGUUCAGUUGUUUUAAUUGAUGAGGUGCAUACUCCCGAUUCAAGCAGAUAUUGGAUUGCCAAUUCUUAUGAUGAACGCUUUCAGAAUGGUCUUGAACCUGAAAAUGUUGAUAAGGAGUUCCUGCGGUUGUGGUUCAAAGAUCAUUGCAAUCCAUAUGAAGAUGAGGUCCUCCCUGAUGCCCCUGCAGAUCUUGUUUGUGAACUAGCUUGGCGAUACAUUUUCUUGUACGAGACAAUAACAAAAUCAAAAUUUGAGAUGCCAUUGAUGGAGGAGCCAAUACAUGAUCGAAUUUCUCAAAAUGUUGCACGUGCUCUGGCCUCUUUACAGUAAUUUAGGCUUAAAAUAUUGCAUUGGUUCCAUUCCAUGUAUGUCCUGUGGAAUAAUCAGGAGAAGAAAGCACAAUUUUUGUUCUUAUAAAAUGGUGGGAGUUUGGUCUUGGGAAACACUGAGUUGCUGAUAUUGCAUGCACAAUUUUUUUGUCAAGAAGGCAGCAUUUUCAGUCUCCCAAGGCUUUGUCAUCUGACUAUGAGGCGGGCACAACUAAGCCAAAUUAUCAGUUAACUGACUCACUAAUUGUUGUAAACUUCUUUUAUAUGUUACUUUACAGUUUACAGGAAUGUUGCUUUUUGCUAUAUUCAAUAAUAGAAUAGGAGAUCUUUUUUGUCCUCUUUGCAAUUUAGUUCUGACCCACAGGAAGUAAUUGUGUUCGGUAAUU